CGACCCUUCGUAUUGAUCAAAAGCUGUACAGGGGACUGACUAGGUGGCGAGACGGGAGUCACUUCCAGGUCAAUACAGCGUAAACGGCAAGGUACACCAUAGGUAAACCACCAGGUCCAUGAUGAAGGCUGGGGGCUUAUCAACUAUGCUCUCUUCCUGUGCCGACCCCUCCCUCGUAGAAGGAAUUGUGAUGAUGGGCAAAGUGAGAUUCGAGGGGAUCUUGCUUCGAUGGAAAGCGCGCGCAAAGCUCACUUGGCUCACUUGGCUGCACCUUCCCGCAGUGAACAAAGUCAGGGAUUCAAACAAUCGCUGCAAGGCGCCGCCGCACCAACUUCCGUCAACAACUUCUUCCUCCUCCCUCUACCGCCACCACUCCAUCAAACCACAGCUGUAGAAAGGCAGAGUCACAUCUAAAACAGGCCCCCUUACACCGAGAGCCCCAUAUUUCUGCGCUCCCAGCAACCAAGUGCGCAUU